AAAAAAUAAACACUAUGGCGGUCUAAACAAAGUUGAACGGACUGUUUAGCAACGAAUAAGAAAGGAAAUCGUGCAAAGUUGAUGAAUAACUAUUGGUUUAUCAAGUGCUUGAAUUUUUUUAUAAUUUGAUUGGUAAGAAGAUGGCAACUGAUGUGGGAGAGCGUCUUGACUUGGACUCCAUUGAUGCAGCUGAGGACUCAAGUUUUGUAAGAAAACUGCGCAGUGACUUGUCAUCAAUUCCAGAUUUGGACAGGAGUGGUUUUUCUCCAUUGAUGGACACAAGUAGUCGGUUUGGAAACCAGGUAGAUGUGAGUCAGUUCCGAAUACAGCUGAAGCAACUGAAACUUGAUCUCCAGUCAGAACAAGAUAUGGUUGCUCAGCUGCGGAAGAGAUUAAACACGUCGGAGAAAGAACGUUUGGAAUCGGCCAGUAAAGCCAAUAACGAGAUGUCGGCUCUUGAGAGUCAGCUGGCGCGCAUUCGCUCUCAGAUAGAGAAGGGAGAGGCGAUGAGACACAACCUGGAGUUCGAGCUGACCAAGGCAAAGCGCGACCUACUCCAGCAGAAGCAGCAGUCUAGAGACAGAGAGAGUCACCAGCUGGAAACCAAGGACGAGCUCAAACAGAAACUGCAUGACGUAACCGAUGAGAUGAGGGAGUUACAAAAACAGACUCAAGCCAUCAAACAGGAAGCUACGGAAGUGGAAUCUCGACUCAAAUAUGAACUGGAUCAGAAGAACCAGUUGAUCCUGAAGUACCAGUCUGAACAUGACGUCCUGCGAGCUGAGCGAGACAAACUGAACAGCAUGCUCACUCAGCAGCAGAGUACACUUUGCGACGUCACUGAGAAGUUUCAAGAUCUGGAAAGUGAUAGGAAGUCACAAGCCGACGGUCUUCAGCGGGCGCUGUCUGAACUGGAGUACAGCAAAGAGCGUGAACUCGCUGUGAAGCAAGACAUAGAGACUCUUUUGCACAAGCUGAAAAGCUUUGAAGAUUCUGUAGAAGCUGAGAGAGCAGCCCAUCUGGAGACAAAAUUUAACUCUGAAAUCCUUCAGCUGAGGAUCCGAGACUUGGAAGGAGGAAUAGAAGUGGAACAGUCGGCCAACAUAGAAGCUACUAAGGCUAUAGAGGGACUGACCAAACAGCUUCGAGAGUUGGAACAGCUCUACGAUGAUGAGAAGAGGAUGAGAAAGGAAGUCGGUUUUAAACUUGAAAAGAUAGAGAAGGAAUACAUGAUCGUGCGGCAGCAGCUGAGUAAUGAGGUAGAGAACAAGAAGAACAUCAUUCACAACAUGUCCAAGGAGCUGGAGAUCCACCAGAAGAACUUCAACGAUCUCAAGGACGAGCUCGGAAAGGCAAAGAAGCGACAACUGUUUUUGGAGAAUACAUACGGAGAUAGUAUGAAAGAACUUGAUCUGAUAUUACGAAACUUCCAGCCAGAAGACAAGGCUAAAAAACCAAAGCUAACAAAGGAUACCAAAGUGAAGAAGAUCGCAAGUCCUUCUGUUUUAUUGGAGAGUUUGCGAUAUAUCCUACAUGAGUUUAAGAAGGACAAUGACCAUUUGAAGGAUGAGCUGUCUAAAUCCAAGAAGAUUUGUGAGAAAGUAACCAAGGAAUUGGAUUCAGCAAAAGAAAUGAUCAUGGCAAAAGAUAAAUCACUUGAGGAUGCCCAGAAGAAUUACACUCGGACAGCUAGGGAACUGAAUCGAGUGCGGGCUGAAGCUUCAGAGUUAGAGGCCAUGUUGUCACAACUCAAGUUCGACCUUCAGAGUUCGUCCAGCAGCCAGGACAAGGACAGGAAUAGGAUCAUGGGACUCUCGGAAGAAAUCAUGAAGCUGGUGAAGAAACACCGCGGAGAGGACGAGGAGAAGCUAGCGUUCAUGCAUGGUAUGUACCAGCGACUCGUGGCGGGCAGAAUCGUGCUCCCAGUCAAAGACAAGGGCUUCAACCAGUUCUCGUGGUCCGAUCUCACGGAAGUGGUCUACCAACAAGUAACCACUCUGGUGAACACGCUACAACAAACUGAUGAUAAGAUGCGCCACCUGGAGGAGAUGCUGGAGAGUCGCGACGUGACGAUUGGUGACAUGCAGGCCACAUACGAGGACCAGCUCAACAAGCUGACGAGGCUCACCAAGGAGCGCGAGGCCGCCUGGAGCAAGCAGAAGGAGGAGAUAGAGACUCACUACUCACAGCUCCUCGCAGACCUCCAGACUCGCUCAAAGAAGAGCCAGGUGAUAGCGGACCAGGCAUGGGAGAAGAUCCGUGCAUCGGGCAGUGUCCAGCAUGGUCUGGAGUCUGAGUGUUCUGAGCUACAGAAACAUCUGGUGGAUGCCCAGACGCAGAACGCCGCUCUCAAGACCACCUGCGGCCUGCUCGCAGGGGCCAUCUACCCGCUGUACUCACGGGCCAACGAGCUGGCGGCCGAGAGACGGGCCUUAGAGGAGCAGACGAUCGUGUGGGACGCGUGUCGGGAACGGGCACAGUACCUCGUGAACGUCCUCAACUCUGAGAUGACCGACGAGAUCGAGAAGCCAGAGAGAGACCGGCGCAGGAAGGAGAAGAAGAACCCACUGCUGCGGUUCCGGAUCAGCGCCGUGGCCGUGAUCGCGGCGAACCGGCUCAACUAUUUCGGUAGACACUCGUGUAAGAUGUUCGUCACGUAUGAUACAGUCUCCGGUAGCAACGGGUUGCUCGUCUGUACAGGUGGCGUCAAGCAGGAGAGGAUUCCAUUCAAAGGAGUAGGAAGGUCAUCUGGUGAUGAAUCGGACCUGCAUUCCGUCACAGACCAGACUGUAAAUUCCCAGCUGUUGCCAUGGUUAACGGGUUCAACAAUAGCGGACAUCGCAGUAGACUCUGUGUCAGAGUUCCAGGAAGUGGCCUCGCAGAUACGAGAGAGAGGUCCUGUUGAAACAAGAGCUCUGAUUGGUGCAGCUAGGAGCUCCUUCAGCAAACUUCUAGAUAAGAUUGGUCAGCAGUUUCCAAGCAUUUCACUUCAGCCAAUGGCAGGACUUCAGAUGAGGUCAUCUCUGAUACGUGUACUUGGCCGUGGUUUGUCUCAAGCUAUGGUUGGAAAAUCUUUCAAGGACAAACAGUGUUUAAUUUCCUCACAGGAUCUGAUGAUCGCUCUACAGAACCACAUCCUUGACUUCACACAUCGUCUCCGCAACGCCGAGGUCAACAGGAAGCGUCUGCUCGCAGAACUCAACACACUCAAACAGCAGAUACAGUCCGACUCAAACACAGACCAGGACCAGAAACAUGAAAACCGUGAGGAUUCGGAACAGACGUUGAAGUACGUGACUCUGGAGAAGUUUGAGCGUGUGUGUUCAGAGCUGAACAAGGCCCUCCAGCGAGAGCAGCAGGCACAGCACCUCCUCCACGAACAGAGUCAGCAGAUGGAGGAGCUGACCGUGCAGCUUGAUGUCUGCAGCUCACAUGACCUCGACAAGGAUUCCACGCUCGAGGAGGCAGUCCAGGGUCUGUCCGAGGCGAAGACGGAGCUGCGUCGACGAGAACAGGUUAUCCGCCAGCUGAACCGGCAGAACCAGCAGGUGACGGCGGAGAAACGGUCGUACCAGGACAACCUGCGAGAUGUGGAGGGAGCCAUGCACAAUGUAGUCAAAGAUAAAGAGAUCCUAGCUAAGUACUUGAAGUCAGUGGAAGCUGCCUUGAAAGAGGCCAGACAGCAGUUGUCUGUGUUGAAGGACCCCAGCCGUCAUGACCUCGUACUGUCCAAGAUGUUGCUUAACGCAGACUUUAUCCCGACAGAUAUCGGGAAGGCAGGACCGGAACUGAUCGCCUGUCAGAAUCUUGUCGGAGCGUUCAUCGACACCUACCACCAGGCGGUCUCGAAGAUCAAACUACUGGAAGACGAGAUAGAGUCGCAUCGUCAGCAUGUCGCUACAAUCAAACGAGAACUCAGCGAUGCUGUGAGAAGAGAGUGCAACGAUCAGUUCACUGUUGAAGCGCUAGAAGAACAUGAUAUAAUUCCGUCUGUAUCAGAAAUAUUCAGCAGUCCAGAUGAAUUUGUGCCUCUCAAGGAGGAUUCUGAAAAGUCAUAUUCAAUGUCUUCCCGGGUGUCCAGCACGUCAAAAUCAUCAAAAACAUCCCCCAAGAAAACCAUUAGAUCUAUGCAGUACCAAACAGCUCACCGUAACCAACGUCCUGGAAUUCCAAGGCCAAAGCCAAAGGGAUCUGGAACUAGAUAACAGAGUUUUUAUUUGAACAUCACACAUACACAUUCUGCUAGAAGCAACGCAUGGCACCGUGGAGUGUAUUUAAUUACAAAAGUACCUAUAAACUCAACCUUUUGUAAAAUGGAUCUUAAGGGGAGUGGGGUUUUUUUUCAGUUAAUGAAAUUCAUCUGAACUCGACCCUUAGUAAAAUGGUUUUGAGUGGGGUGUUUGUAUUAAUUACUAACAUACCUCUGAACUCAGGUAAAAAUGGAUUUGAAAUGGGGUAUAUUUAUUAAUUACUAAAAUACCCCUAAAUUCAACCCUUAGUGAAAUAGAUUGGACUGGGGUGUUUUUAUUAAUUACAAAAAUACCCCUAAACUCAACUCUUAGUAAAAUGGAUUGGAGUGGGGUGUUUUUAUUAAUUACUAAAAUACCCCUAAACUCAACCCUUAGUAAAAUUGAUUGGAGUGGGGUGUUUUUAUUAAUUACAAAAAUACCCCUAAACUCAACUCUUAGUAAAAUGGAUUGGAGUGGGGUGUUUUUAUUAAUUACUAAAAUACCCCUAAACUCAACCCUUAGUAAAAUUGAUUGGAGUGGGGUGUUUUUAUUAAUAACUAAAAUACCCCUAAUCUCAACCCUUAGUAAAAUAGAUUCGAUUGGGGUGUUUUUAUUAUGGUAAUUACAAAAAUACCCCUAAAUUCAACCCUUAGUGAAAUAGAUUCGAGUGGGGUGUUUUUAUUAAUUACAAAAAUACCCCUAAACUCAACCCUUAGUAAAAUGGAUUAGAGUGGGGUGUUUUUAUUAAUUACAAAAAUAUCCCUAAACUCAACCCGUAGUAAAAUAGAUUUGAGUGGGGUGUCUUUAUUAAUUACAAAAAUAUCCCUAAACUCUGUUCUGAGUAAAGUGGAUCUGAAGUUGAGUGCAUCCCUAAUAUAGCUCUCUGAAUUUAAACCUUUGUAAAAUGGUUCUAGAAGUGGAGUGCAUGUAUUAAUUACCGAGAUGCCUUUCUAACCAAAUCCUUACUAAAGCAAGGCUUGAAAUUCAUUCAGUGGAGUGGAAAGCAAAUUUUGCUUCACAAAUUUCUAUCAGGAAACAAAAACUAGAAAUUCAUAUUCUGAAGCAGUUCUACAAGUUAGUCUUGUAGUGUAUUCUUGUUACCAGUGUAAAAGACUUGAAACAAAGGUGAAUAACAGCUUGCGAUUUAUGUUCUCUCCCGAACAUUAGGAAUUGUGGAUAUACCUGAAAUAGUUUUAAAACUAAGAUAGAAAGCAAAAGCUGCUAGUAAAAAUGAUCCAUCAGAGAGAAUAUUGUAGAUUUUGAAUUACAUUUGCAGCUCGUCUCCUGCCAAUUUUGAGCUUUGUUAAAGGGAAUUUUUCUUCAUGUUUGAUGCCUAAAAUCCACCAAUGAAACUGUUGGGGUGUCAUUAACAAUUCACCGUUUCCUUGUUGUAUUGUGUGAAAGAUGCUCGUGUAUUCUGUGAUAUUUUGAAGACAUUAAUAGACUUCAGUUUUAGUCUAAUAAUCUAGCUCAACAUGACUGAACAUUUCGUAAGCAUGACUUCUAGAUAGUGUACCUUAUAGCUGAGGUAUUGAUAAUCUUAUUCCACAGAUUAAAAGUUGUACAUCGGUUUCUGAGAAGAUAAAGUAUUUUUUAUAUAUAUAUAUAUAUACAUGUACAUGUACAAUUUUUAAAAAAACAAUACUGCGACUCAAAUGGUUUUGACAGAUUAGUAAUUUGUUUUAUUUUAAUUUCAUGUUUAUAUCUGUUUGAAAUUCAAGAACACUGUCCCAAGCUUGCACAUCAUCUAUGUUGGUUUUGGGUAAGGAUUAAUAUUUGGUUGUUAAUGAUAAAGAAUUUUGUUUGGUGGCUGCUUGAUGAAACAUCUUUUUUUUUCUAGCUCCAUAAUGUUAAGAAUGUUUAAAUAAUAUGAGUUUUUAUACAUUCAUUUAACCUCUUGCCAUAUGUGCAUUCCCUCCUAUAUCCCUUUAAAAAAAAAAAAACCCACCUAGAUUGGUCCGAGUGUCCUAAUAGCCAAUCAUUGGCUAAAAUCUCCCACUGUUAUUCAAGUCACAUGAUCAAAUAGUCUUUCUAUGAUUCAGAUAUCUUUUCUAAUUAUAUAAUUUCAAGGGUCAAAACAUUCAACUAAAAUGAAUUAAUGGAAAAGGAAAGUAAUUCUGUUUAAGUAGUAAAGCAGAUGUGUGAAUUGUAUUUGGUGUUCUUCAUAUUAUGAGGCCUUUAAUGAGUUGUUAUAGGGCCGACUAGCGAACAGACCAUGACCAACACAUUACAUUGUCGAAAUCAUGCGUCAGAUUAUGCCAAAUUGAAUGGGUUGGGUUGGGUUGGGUUUUUUCAAAAGAAGUUUGAUUCAUACAUGUACAUCAUGCAUUUAUAGUACAUUUUUAGUUAAGCCAUCAACCAUAAUAGGGGUGGGAUGUAU